CAAAACAAAUAGUUCGUCCGCGGUGCAUUUAUUCUGAUCAAAAUGACCCUAUACUUUGAUACUAAAGUGCAAUUUCUUGAUCUGGAUGCUGUGAGUACUGUUGGCAAGUGGCAUCCCUAUCAACCAGUAUUCGCGGUAGCAUCUUUCAGCCAAGAUCGCGGAGGUUCCGUGACCAUUUUCGACGAUACUGGCGAGCCCUUGCGAGAUGUAACAUUCCCUGUACAUUCGGUUUCACAAGCCACUGCCCUUUGUUGGCAUCCAGAAAAACGGCUUUUGGUGAGCGGCUGGGAGAAUGGAGAAAUCCAUGCGUGGUACGAGGGAAAUCGAGAAUUUUCAGCCAUACAAGGACCACAUAAAGCACCCAUCAUUUUAUUAGAAUUCAGCGAAAAAGGCGGAAGAAUGGUGACAGUCGAUUCGCUUGGCAUGUUAACAGGGUGGCGUUGCGAUGGACAGUACCAAUUCCUCACUAUGUUUUCUCAGGACCUUCGUGAUACACUUUUGCAUAUAACAUUUAGAAAAACGGUUGUGAGUCCUGUGAGCACAGAACUCUCAAAUCUCGCAAAAGCUGCCGUGGCGGGAGAUGAACACGCUUUAGAUACAUUAACAGCUUGGCGACCCCGGACAGCUGCUCGAAAUCUUUCGCAUGCCGGCGUCAAGGAUAAUCAUUGCUUUUACGCGGGGACACAAUCGGGCGUUAUGUACUACAUGAACCAAAGUGGAACGUGUACAGAAGUUUUGAAAAAUAAUUCGGUACCUGUGACGCAGAUAUUAUGGCAUCCGAAGAGAGAAGCGAUUGUGGCUCUGAUGGAGGACAUGACUGUGGGACACUAUUUGGUUGAGUCAACUGGCGCGCUCACUGAACUGGAUCGAGUUAAACUAAGCGGAAGGAUACCAGGAAAUAACGGUGCCAUAUCGUGGGCUGGGACAUCUUUAGCUAUUAUAACAGGUGAUUUCAGCGUCCGAAUUUGGGAUAUCGAUACCAGUGACAACUAUUUACUGCGAAUGGAUUUACCAACAGCAGGCAGAACAGCGUCAUCAACGAUAAACAUGAAAGCGUCGGUGUCAUCGUCAUCAGGCGGAACAUUCGGCUCAGGUGCGAGUAAAGUUGACGGAGCGCUAACACAGACAACAAAUGAAAUAUUUACAUGCAUCGCCUACUGCCAGGACAAUCAAACAUUAUGUGCCGGAACAAAUCAGGGAAAUUUGUAUACGUGGAAAAGGACAACAAAUUAUCCGAUUGAUGUACCGGAAAAUUCCUGGCAAUUAAACAACAUCGCUGCCGUCCGAGGCGCAAUCAAACAAUGCUACUGGGGUAUAAGUGAAACAAUUAAGCCUUGUAUAAUGGUCAACUGUAUAUCUAACGUUUAUGUCCUUAAGGAACAACCAUUGAUAUCAUUCCACAAGCGUAACAUUUGGGCCGUCCAGAGGAGCGCAAAUCAAGUCUACGUGGAGCAUUCGUGCGGCAAAUCAACCACUGUGCAUGCAGACAUCUCAAUCACGAACUUGUCUCUGACGGAACUGAAUUUCAUCGUGAGCAACGGACGAACGAUUGUUACAUACAAAAUUAGCAAGGAUAGUGAACUCAGUGACACUGACAAAAGUUUGUCCAUUAAAUUAUUGCAAAAUUUCGGCGCCGAAUGUUUGAGCCUGUACAUCCAUGAUCAGAACAUUAUUUGUUUGACGACGAAUGACGUGAAAAUCUAUUCGCUCGGAGGAGUCAUUCUAAAAGAGAUCCUGUGCAAUGACAAUGAGGGUAAACCCAUUGGCUGUGACCUGAGCAAUCAUUACCUGACUAUUUUCACAAUGAACGGCUACAUAAAACUUUACGAUGUAUCACGCCAUGAUCCGAAAAUCCUGAUUCAUCCUAAAUGCGGCUAUGAUUUAUUCGAAAACUUUGGCGAGAUAAUAAUGGCGAGGUGUAAUUCGAGCGGGACACAUGUAGCACUCACUAUAGCCGACGAAAGUCUUACGCCCGACGGCAAACUGUACGUGUGGGAUUUCGAGAAGGAUAACUUGGGAACAUAUGAUUUCCUUGUUAAAUCAGAUAUUACUGCGGAGGACGAGGCUAGAGGAAGCUCAAUUGCAAGAUUGCCAGUAUCCUUUCUCUGGGACACGGACGACAACCGCUUGUUGGCUGUCGAAGCACGUUCACUGCAACAGCCAAAGCAAAAAUCAUCGGCACCGGCAAAAAACGCUGGUGGUGCUGGGACUUGUCCAGUGAGCAAUAGACAGAUGGGGCUAAUCGGCAUCGAAUUCCAGGGGCUUCGAAUUAGUGGUAAAACCGGUGGACAAGUGACGGCAGUGACAACGACCGUAUCGGCAUCAGCAACUGCAGCAGCGUUGACCACAGCUGGCGCCGGACCGAAUCUGCUAUCGGGCCAUGUCGAAUCGCAAGUAUUUAUAAUGUUCGCUACAGAUAAAUGCCUUAUCAAAGAGCUGGAAAUCGUUAAUUUGGCGCCCGGGGAGCAAUUGGUCAAUCUCUGCGCACCCCAUGUGAUUACAUUGAACAUAAACACCGUCGCUCAUACAUCGCUCUGCAAUUUCAAAGGAAUGGAUAAAUGUGAUGAGACAACGAGGAAAAUGGUCCUCGAUUUCAGCUUGAAUGUUGCUCAGGGAAAUAUGGAUCAGGCUUUUCGGUGUAUCCGUUCAAUCCAGUCGGAAGUUGUGUGGAUGAACUUAGCUAAAAUGUGCGUACAAACUGGUCGUUUAGACGUGGCACGUGUUUGUUUGGGUCACUUGAAAAAAGCGCGUUCUGUUCGAGCGUUACGUCAAGCCAUGGAAGACGAUAGUUUGGAGUAUGAAGCAAAGGUCGCUACACUAGCCAUCGAAUUGGGAAUGAUUGAGGAGGCUAAGAACUUAUAUAUUCAGUGUGGCAGAUUUGACUUAUUGAACAAACUGCUGCAAGCUUGUGGGCGCUUAGAUGAGGCACUUCAAAUUGCAGAACGAGACGACAGAGUUCAUCUGAAGAACACAUAUUUUAAGAAAGGUGAGCAACUAAGAGGUGCUGGGUCCUUAAAGGAGGCUUUGCAGUUUUUCGAGAAAACGCAGGACUCUGUGCAAAAUGUAACACAGAUGCUAUUGGAAGAUCCGAUUAUGCUGAAGAAAUAUAUGCAGAACACCACCGAUCCCAAGAUGCUUAAAUGGUGGGGUCAGUACAUUGAAAGUACAGGGGAUAUGGAAUCGGCCUUCAAGGUUUAUCAGAAAGCAGAAGAUUGGUUUUCUCAGGUUCGCAUUCUUUGUUUUCUUGGACAACUCUCUAAAGCCGAUUCAAUUGCAAGGCAAUGCGGUGACAGGGCGGCAUGCUACCACUUGGCAAGACAUUUGGAAAACAUUGGCAAAUAUCCGGAUGCCAUUGACUUCUACACUAAAGCGCAGACUUACAGUAAUGCCGUUCGAAUUUGUAAGGAAAACGACUUUCAGGAUGAGUUAUGGACAGUUGCCAAUUUAGCACGACCCAGGGACAAAGCAAUGGCUGCCGCUUAUUUUGAGGAAUGCGGUUCAUACAAAAGGGCUGUGGAACUUUAUCACAGGGCUGGAAUGUUACACAAAGCCGUAGAAAUGGCGUUUGCAUCACAACAGCCGGAAACAUUACAAGUAAUAGCGUCGGAAUUGACACCUGAAUCCGAUGCGGAUUUGAUUAACCGGUGCGCCGAAUUCUUCUCCAACGUUGAACAGCAUCAAAAGGCCGUUCAGUUACUCGCGAAAACUAAACAGUUCGAAAGUGCUUUGACUAUUUGCUCGGAACAUGGAGUUCCCAUUACGGAAUCUCUGGCAGAAAUGUUAACCCCCACUAAAGAAGAAGUUUCCGACCAAACGCGGAUAACUGUUCUGGUGCGAUUGGGGGAAAUAUUGCAAGAGCAGGGAGACUAUCAUACGGCAACAAAAAAAUUUACUCAAGCUGGAGAUAAAAUUCGGGCCAUGAAAAGCUUGUUGAAAUCUGGAGACACCGACAAGAUUGUAUUCUUUGCCGGUAUGUCUCGACAAAGGGAAGUCUACAUCAUGGCGGCAAACUAUUUGCAAGCACUGGACUGGCAGAAGGAUCCGAAGAUACUGAAGAAUAUUAUUACUUUCUACACCAAAGGUCUAGCUUAUGAUUCUCUAGCGAACUUUUAUGCAACUUGCGCUCAAGUGGAGAUUGAUGAUUUUCGUGACUAUGAGAAAGCAUUGAAGGCCAUGCACGAAGCGGCGAAGUGUCUGGCUAAGGUACCAAAUUCUCAAAGGGCUGCAGAUAAUCUGCAGAGAACUGUAGUUGAAGUAAAGCAAGUUUUGGACAUUCAGGAAGCCUUCCAGAAUGGUGACAAUCAAUUUGUUAUUGCAGGAUGUCGAAAUAUGUUAGUUAAGCCAGAGAAACCACCAAUUCGGCAUUCCGACAUCUUGGCAUUGCUGGUGCAAGCACUUGUUAUAUCCAAACUAUUUUCAGAAGCGCUGGGAGCACUCAAGGAACUUGGAAUGAAAGAUUCGUCAUGGAGCAUGCGGGGAUUAAUUCCAAAACCAUUAAUUGAAAAACUAGCCAGGGAAUGUAAACUGGACUUUGAUUCUAUUUGGAAUACAGGACGGAGUCAUGACGGUGACGAUGAUGGAUUACAACACGAUAAUGAUGAUGAGAUUCAGGAGGUAUUCGAGUGAAUGCAGAACUGGAACUGGGAAAUUAUAAAUUGAAUCAUUUGAUCA